CCUUUAACCUAUGAUGUUCUGUAACCUGUCAUGGCUGCCGCUCUAAAUUAAGAACUUGGUAAGGAGUUACAGUGUAGGCUCUGACCCUGAGCAUCCUGAAAGGAGGCAGACAUUGAGGGGGGAGUCUGAACUGUGUGGGUUUCUAAUAUUGUGAAGACUAGAGGAGAACUAAAUGGCCUCUGCUGCUUCUGCUGUGCCUAUAGGAUUUCACUAUGAAACAAACUACGUUGUCCUCAGUUACCUGGGACUUCUGUCUCAGGAGAAACUGAAGGAGCCACACUCCAUGCAGGAGGCAGAGCCUCCAAUUCUGUUGGCAAUGGACAAGGAAGCAGCAGAGAAGUUGAAAGAGGAAAUCAAAGCUGAACUAAAACACCUAGAAGACGACAUUUCUGAAGCUUUUUCCAGUACAGGUUUCGAGUGUAACACUUCUCCAGUGUUUAGUCCUGCUGACUCUGAAACUUCAGUUGAAGACUGCUUAUCUCACCUUGGAAAUAGAAUACUACAGGAACAUAAACAUGAUCUGUUUGUUGCCCUACAGAGUCUGCUCAACAAAGAACUGAAUUAUGAAGAUUACAGAGAAAAGGUACACAGCAUUGCCUCCCAUUUAAGUGGCUGGUAUAAGGUAUUGGUACCUCUUGUCCUGCUGCAAUUACUACUGAAUGAGUUAGUCAGGCAAAACCAGCAGCCCCUAAAAACACUCCUGAAGUUUGGUGUGCAAUAUAUUGAAGAUGUAGAUGCAGAUUAUAUUAUCCAGCAAGGAGGAUGGGGUACUUUAUUUAGUGUGGAAACAGAAGAAGAGGAACAGCAAGGGAUCAUUGCAGAAGACAGUAAUGAUAUCUAUAUACUGACCAGUGAAAACUCAGGACAGUUGAGUCCACCUGAAUUGUUAUCAGGGACCUCUUCCUGGCAAGCAGAAAGUUUACCUGUCUCCCUUUCAGCUAGUCAGAGUUGGCACACUGAAAGCCUACCUGUCUCUCUUGGACCUGAGUCGUGGCAGCAAGUAGUCAUGGAUCGUGAAGAGGUGAAGAGUGAAGACAGCAAUGAAGGAGGGGAAGAGAGAAGUGAAAACAACUCCUCAAAUUCAGACAUUGUUCAUGUGGAAAAAGAAGAAAUAACUGAGGAGGAAGUGGCAGAAGAAGCUCCAGGCAUGGAGGAACAGGAAAUGUCAAUUAGCAGCAUUUCUAUCACCGAGGAACUGACUGCAACAGUUCUGCCAGUACAACAGAGCCAGGCAACUACUGAGGAUUUGAAGGCAGAAGGACCAAGUCCUAUACCUUCUGUCAUGCCCAAAACUCUUCCAGAGGAGCAACUAGGAAUGUCACUUCAGGAGCAAGUGAAAGCUAUUAAAAUUGAGGAACCUGUGGUAUCUACAUUUAGCACACCCAUGGUUCCAGCACUAAGUGCGAAACGUGAAGUGAAGAAACUACGAGACGUAUUUCCAGAACCUCCAGAGAUCUUACUAACUGAAGCUAGGGAAAAGAUAUGUGAAAAGGCUUAUGAGCAAGAGUCAGGCAUACCAACAGAGUCAAAGGACGUUACCCCUGCAGAAAGGAAGGGCACUGUACCUGCAGAGGGGAAGGACUUCAGCUGUACAAAAGAGGAGAAGCCAGAAUUCUCCAAAGAAGAAAAGUCGGUUUUAUUUUAUGGUGGAGCAGCUGUUGUAGCUAUGCUAGCCAUUGUAGUGGGUAUUGUUGUAGUUCUGAGGAGAAAGUAGUACAGCUGUUUAAUGCCAGUUUUAAAAGAGGUACAGGUUAUGUAUGCAGGGGUGUUACCAUAAAUUUAUCUGUAGACCAAGCAUCACUGCUUUCACUCCCUCCCAAGUUAAAUGCCCUUUGUUAUGUGGCACAUGACCUAAGUAUGUAAUUACCACAUACAUUAAAUUUGUAUAUUUGAACACCUUAAUUGAAAGAUUAACCAUUAAGCAUAAUGAGCUGCUCCAGUAAUCCUGCUGUGAUUCCCCUCCACCUCCAUUUGCCUGCUGUACAACUAUGAGCAAGUCGCUUAACCAGACUGUGCCCCCUCCCAAAAGGGACACUGUCCAGCAGGCCUACACACUUAAAUAACUACAGUUAAAAACAAUAGAAAUAUAGAAAUAAAUGUACAUCACUGUAGACCCAUUAACUUCUUUGAUGGCUUACUUGUAAACUUUAAUUAUACAUUUGAAAAUUGAGCAUUUAGUUGAUCAGAUGUUGCAUUAUCCCCUCAGAAAAUUAGUUGAACACUAUGGCUUAUAUGAUGUAUGCCUGGUUAUGUCCCUGCAAAUAUGUAUAGCAUUUUUUUUCCUGUUGUGAUUCAAGAAAGAGAAAUAGUUAAUGAUACUAAGAAAUGUACCAUCUUUACUAGCUGACUGAGUGAUAGUUGGUCUGGAGCAGCUAAGACGUAAGUUAAGGUGGUUUGAAAGAGAAUUAAUGAAUGGCAGUGAUUGUCCUCUUGAAAAUACAGACAUCACUGAAAUCUUAAAAAAAAAAGCUCAACAAACAUGUUAUAGUAUUCAGACGUGUAGCAUAUAUUAUAUGACAGCCUAAAAAACAGGCUGCUGCUGUGUGGCAUAAAUACUUUUAAGAAAUACUGACUGGGCUGGUGGCUGAGGCAAUGCAUUUUUCCUUAGUAACCUUGUAAUAUUAAUGUCUGUACAGAAGUGAUUUGCUUUUCCAUGACCACCAUUGUUUAUUAAAUUACUAUACAUUACAGAGAUGCUGGCUGAGAGGUGUGAUUCUGGGGAGAGGUGCUACAGUGUACUGUAACUGAAGUAUUUUUCCAUGUCAGACUGUUCCCCCUACCCCAUGUUAGAGAUUGAUGAAAAAAUGUUUUAUAGCAUCUUUUGUCAGUCAGGUGACAAUAAAAUAUAUCAAUUUUUUCUUCCUUUUA